CAACAACAUGUUGGAGUUUCGAGCGCCUUUCUACGCACUCGAAACGGCACCGUCUUGUGGCAUUGACUAGCGCAUGCUGCAACCUCCGCCGGCCGGUCAGCAUCCGGGACGGGGUGGUGGAGGAGACGAAGGAGACGGCGGAGGUGGUGGAGGAGACGGCUCACAGUUUGCCGGAAAGGGGACGGGCGAGACAUCGUCGGUAGAGAAGGCGUCCGGCGGAAAGGGUUCGGGCGGAAAGGGGUCGGGCGGAAAGGGGUCGGGCGGGAAGGGGUUGGGCGAGAAGGGGUCGGGCGGAAAGCGUAGAACGUCUGAGAGUCCCCUGUAUAUGGAAACUGACCCCCACUGCGUAGGGAGUCGAGAUUCAGACAUGCGAGACGAGGCCACCCUGACGUCUGAUCAAGUGCGAGUAGAUUCGCACUUGUCUGCGAGGAGUUUGUUUCCUGUUGCCCAGGAGAGUCCAUCCCGCCGUGCGCAGCAGAGGUCUCCUGUACUCAACAUCUUUCUCCUGAAAGAGGGCGCGUCUUCGUUUUGCCUGGAGGGCGGGACUCCUGCAUUGCGAAGGAGCGAAGACUGGCAGUCUCGCGACGUGCUAAAGGGGCCUGCUCCAGGAGUGUUGGAGACCGGGGGUAGCGAGAACGAACGUCACACUCCUGGGGAAGACGAGCGCUCUCCGGGAACGCGUGCUGUACAUCGGGAAGAGGAGACUCAACGCUGGCGGUCUCGCAAAGUGUUGGAGACCGGGGGUAGCGAGUGUGAACGUCAUGCUUCGGAGGGUGCGUCCAUGGACACUAAAAGCGAGAGUGCAGGAGGUCCGAGGGAAACGCAUGUUGUGCAGAGGGGAGAGGAGACUCGACACGGGCCGGCUCGUGAAGACGUGAAGUGGCUCCACUCACGAGCGUUGGUGAUCGAGACGUCCGAAGAGGUUCUGCACAGUCGCUCGGUUGUGGCCACGACGCGAGAGGGUGUCGUUAAGGGAGGUCAGUGGACGUCCGUGCAAGCUCCCAUUCUUGGCGACGAUGAAGACGAAGAAGAACCCGCGGUGGAAGCUCGGGUUCAUGGUGAUGAGAAAGGCGGAGUACCCGUGGUGGAAGGCGGUGAGGUGACUGUCGACAUCCAGACGGAUCCACAGCGAAAAGAUGGUGAUUCUUCGCCCACCCGUUGCGGUGAAGAACAGGGUGGUCGAGCGUUUGUCCUGAGCACCGCUCGGGGAACUGUGCUUCAUGAAGCCAUAGAGUUGGGUGACGACUCGGCAGCCACCGAUCUGGUUAGCGACUGAGGCAUGACCGAGAUGCAGAACGUCGAAUCCUCCGUGGAAGGCGGUGAGGUGGCCGUCAGAAUCAAGAUGGAUCCACAGC